CAUACACAAGAGACAACAAGAAAACUUGUAUUCAAGAUACUCACAGAGACCCUGAGAUACACCAAGAUGCAGAUGUUUGGAAUGAAGCUUGCAGUUGUUCUUGGAUGCUUGAUGCUUCUCACUUCAGCGUUGGCUGAACCUGACCAUGUCAUCGAGAAGCGUUCUUCAUCUUCAAGCGAAGAAGACAGGAAUGGCAGGCGGAAUGGCAGGCCAAAUGACACGCCAAAUUUCCUCCAGUACUACAACUACUUCUUGUUCCUCCAGAGACUUGGUCUGGUUCCUCCCCCUGCCCCUGCCCCAGCUCCUGCCCCAGCUCCUGCCCCUGCCCCAGCUCCUGCCCCAGCUCCAGCUCCUGCCCCAGCUCCUGCCCCAGCUCCAGCCCCAGCCCCAGCUCCAGGACGCUAGAGCAUUAAUCACAGACAGGAGUCAACAAUGUCUUUUCUGACUGAUCUAUGCAAUAACCUGUCUGCUGGGAUGAUGUUGGUUUACACAAUAUGCAAUAAAGACAAUUGGAAAUAGCA